UCAUAUACUACUACUACUACUACUAUUGUACACACACAUGGCUUGAACGUCAACAUACCUAGUAUUUGCAGAAGCUGGAAAAAAUCAACAGUGCAUAAAUAUUGAGCGCAUGGCGGAAUUUACAAUUCACAAUGUGCGAUUCUAUGAUUUCGAACCCAAAGCCAUACAAUGCAUGGCCUACGAAGACGAAACAGACAGGCUAGCAUUGUCCAGAGCGGAUGGCAGCAUUGAAAUAUGGAAUUGCAAACACAAGCCAUUUAUGCAACUUGUAUUACCAGCCAGUGAUGAAGAAGCAUCUGUAGAAGGUCUUGCAUGGUGUAAUGACCGAUUAUUCAGUGUUGGUCUUCAUGGCUAUGUCUUAGAGUAUGAUUUGUCUUUGUGUACUGUCAAGAGUAAAACAGCAGUUACGGGUGGACCAACCUGGUGUGUGGCUCUUUCACCUGAUAAAACAAAACUAGCGGCUGGUACUGAAGAAGGAUAUGUAUGUUUGUUUGAUAUCUUCAGCAAUAGCUUAUUGUAUAAUAAAACUCUUGAAAAGCAAGAAGGUAGGAUCUUAAGUAUCUCUUGGCAUUGUAGCAAUAAUUACAUUGUGACUGGGUCCAUCAAGUGUUGACACAAUUCUUGGAGUAUCUUGGUACCCACCAAAAACUGUCUUGAAGAUUCCUACCCCACUCUAUCCUGGAUAUAUAUCUGUUGGGAACAAAUCAGAAUCAGUCCUACUUCGUUAUAAAGACAAACUUGAGUUAUGGCGUUUAGGCAAACCCAGAGAAACAAAAACUACUGGAAAUUAUCUACCAAUAGCUGAGGAUCGUACCAAGUUGCUAGAGCUGCAAUGCGAUGAAGGAGAUUCCAUACAGUGGUGUGCAUUGUCACCAGAAGGUCUCUGGAUUGCCUAUAUCCUAAAAGGGACUGUUAAAAUAUUCCAGUUCUUCCAUCCAACAGUUGAUACUCAAGUAAGUAUACGACGAGUGAGAGCCAUUAGCAAGGAGAUUGAGAACUCUCGUCAAAUUUUAUGGUUGACAGAAGGAAGAUUAGCAUCAGUAACUUUGAGUGGUAUAAUACAGAUUAUCAGCAUAUCAGACAUGGAGGCCAGUGUUGAGAACGUAUUGAAACCAACAAAUUCCGUAGUCAGUAUGGUUUGCAACUCGGAUGGUAAUAUUCUGAUUAUCACUGAUGUCAAGCAAAUGAUCACAGUCUAUGACCUAAGAAAAGCCCAAGAAACCUUCUUACCAACCUAUGAUUCACCAGUGACAGCUGUUGGGAUCAAUCCACUUUCCUCAGACAUCAUUGUUGUUUAUGCCGAUAACACGAUUAAAGAGUACAGUUUGUUGCAGAAAAAGUACACAGUCUUCUCCAAGAAUUUUUUAGACAGUUCGAAUUCUGAUAUGUUAAAAAAUACUUCAGCAAUUCGUAAUGUUAGUUUUGACUCAGAAACUGGGAGUUUGAUAUUACUCCAUGAUGACUCAUCACUCAUAGUGUUAGACAAAGAGGGUAAAGCCACUGACACAGAGCCUCAGCAAAGGAACAAGAUCAAACGUAGAGGGUCUUCCCACGAAGAAAAGAGAAGAGGAACGGAAUUAUCAAGUGUAGAAACCUUUGGAAAGUUUUCUUUUAUUCAGAGAUCACAUCAAGUUCUUUAUUUCUCACAUGUAAAAGGUAAUUCUGUGAUAAGUGUAGAAUUAGACCCAGUUCAGUUACAUGAUCGAUUACCACCUACUUUUAAAGUAAAGAAGUAUGGUGGCGUGUAGAAGUGUGCAUUGCAUUUGUAAGUAAGGAUUAAAUUACAUGAAGAACAA